CUUUAAAAAGGCCUGCACACAAUCCAAACUAUGUUCAUUACCUGACUGCAGCUGAAGAGUCUACACUGCUCUCUGACUGACCAUGGAAAAUAAGACCUACAACUACGGAACCAACAUUACAAACAACACUGAGCUGAGGAUCGUGAUGGUGGGGAAGACUGGGAUUGGGAAGAGCGCUACUGGUAACACUAUUCUGGGUCGCCAGUGCUUUCAGUCCAAAUGCAGCGCCAAAUCCAUGACUGUAAACUGCUCCAAAAGCAGCAGUACUGUGGACGGACAGCAGGUUGCUGUCAUUGACACUCCAGGUCUGUUCGACACCAGGUUUGAAAAGGACAAAACCACCAAGGAUCUGGGUCAGUGCGUCCGCUAUGCCGCUCCUGGACCCCACAUCUUCCUGGUGGUCGUUGCAAUCGGCAGAUUCACAGAAGAGGAAAAGCAGUCAGUGCAAAUGAUUCAAGAAAUCUUUGGAGACGCAGCAAACAGAUACAGCAUGGUUCUGUUUACCCAUGGAGACAACCUUGAAUGCAACAUCGAAGAGUAUUUGUCUGAAAGCCCAGAACUCCAGGAUCUGGUGUCCAGAUGUAACAACCAGUAUCAUGUCUUCAACAAUAAGCUGAAAGAUAAGAAACCUCAGGUCACUGAGCUGCUGAGGAAGAUCAGAACCAUUGUUGACAGGAAUGGAGGAAGUCACUACACCAAUGAGAUGUUCCAAGAGGCUGAGAGGGCGAUCGAAGAGAAGAAACAACGCAUCCUGAAGGAAAAGGAAGAGAAAAUACGCAGAGAGAAAGAAGAACUGGAGAGAAAAAUAAAAGAAAAAUAUGAGAAAGAGAUGCAGAAAAUUAAUGAGCAAAUCCAGGCUGAGAGAGAGAGAGAGAAGAAAGAGAGAGAGGAGGAGAGGAAGAGGGAGAAGGAGGAGAUGAAUGAGGAGAGAAAGAGAGAAAUGGAAAGGAGAGAGGUAGAGAGAAAAGAGAGAGAGAAGGAGUUUGAAACCAUGAAAAAACAACUGAAGGAGCAGCAGGAGAGAGAAAUUCAAGCUGAAAAAUCCAAGCUGCAGUCCAUGCAUGUUUCUGAGGCCAGAACUGAAGCUGAAGAACAUGAUCUGUUCUAUCAUCUGGCACUAGCUGGAAAAUUUCUUGCUAAGGCCUGUGAAAUAAUGUAAGGUUAUAGUUGUCACCUAGCAAUUGCUACUGAUGCAGAAAUACUAAAAGAACAAAUUUUAACUGGAUGUUUCUCAAAAGAGAAACAUAAACAACACAGACUUGAUAAAUGAAGUUGAGCUCAAGGUAGUGUAAUGUAAUUCACCUCUGACCUCAGUGUCUUGCAAUUCGUUUAAAAAUGUUAUCAUUUUACUGUGAUCAUUGUCCUUAUUGUCAGUAUGUUGGCUCACUCUGUUGUUUAAUCCUGUACUGAGUGUAAUGUGACACGUAAACCUUAAUCUAAUCAAUAAAUACUGUUUCAUCCAUC